AUGGUGGAAAACAGCCGAACAGAAAAUACGGCAGGGUCGACGGCGGAGAAAGUCGAUGAAGUUCAUGCUGUUGCAUCUUUUGGGGCCAUUUCUGUGUCUUCCCUCAAGCUUGGAGUGGCAGAGGACCUCGAUGGGGCAGAAAGACCAAUCGUCAUUCGCUUGAGCGACCAGCAUGGGAACCACCGAGAAACAACCCCGCGGACCUGUUCCAACGUCAACCCAUUGGCGCCGAGCGAUGGCAGAGCCACAGCGUGGUGCGAAGAGCUUCAGAUGCCCAUUCUUCCCGGUGUGGACGCGAUUCUCUUCGAGAUUUUUCUCGUAGCCAAGCCCGCCUACACCAACCACGGAUGCGGCAAUCCCGAGACGACGGAUACCAUCGGCAGCGGCGGCAGCGUGCCCACGCGCCGCGAUAGACUAGGACCCGCCAACCCUGCGGACCACCACCACGAACCACAACAAGGUUCAGGGUCGACCGAAGGGGGUUGCAAAACACCCCGGAGCGGGGGAGCCCCAGCUGAUCCGAAUCGAGAGUCCCAACCCUACGCUCUCAUUGGCGCCGUGGCGCUCCUGCUGUCGGAGGUCGUAGGGGCGUGGCGCACGAUGGAGUCGCCGCUGUUCGACAUAGCGGGCGGCGUUGCCGGCAGGAUCAGGAUGGCCGCCAUAAUUGUCGGGCGACCGAACCCAGGGCCUGGAGGACCUCUCGAGGGCGAAAGGCGUCGAAGCCGCGGAGACGCAAAGAGAAGUGAACCUCCAUCAGCGCUUGAAGAUGAUGACUGCACGCCAACGAGACUCCCGGCGGCAGAAGUAGCAGAGGCAGAGCGAGGCGGGCCGUGCGGCUGCCGGCGGAAAUCGGAGUUUUCACCUACAUCGCCCUGUUGCUGUCGCCAGCAUGGAAGAAGAGGAAGCGGAGGAAGCGGCAGCAGGGGCGGGCUGCCUCCUUUCUCGCGCAGCGAAGAUCCAGCGGGGAUUCCUGCUGAGCAAGGCGACUUGCUGGGGGGGGCACCAGCAGCAGCAAAGGUGGGGUGCUGUUCGAGGGUAGGAGCGGUCGAGAUGGUGCCCAAAGCGGUGAUACUCUACCGCGGGAUGAAGCUCCCCUUCCGAUGGCUCAGGAGCGGCACAGCAAGGUUGAUGGAUAAAUCCCUCCGACAAAUGCUUGGCAUCAACGACACGUCCAUCGCGUCCCCAGCAUUGUACGACGUGGACAACGGCGGUUCAUCUUCUUCGCCGCAGCACGUCCGCUCUUCGCGGUCCAGCCGGCGAGUCGGAGCUACUGGAUUUGGGCACGAUGACGGUCAGGGUUUACGACCUCAGCUGUCCCUCCCGAAGAAAAACGUCUGCCCGAGUGGAGCUCCAUCUGCUAUUCGGAGGAGUGCCUCUGACGGGAGCUUGCGCCGCUUCAUCCAACACGCCGUCGUCACAACAACUACCGGGGACGGCAUCGUAGCGGGACUAGCAAAAAUAUCUCUAGGUUGUGCAUGUCUAAACAGUGUUACCGGUGAGAGUGAUGUCGCAUUUUGGAAAAAGGGCAACUUCGCAAGAGAGGUAACAGAGCGACAGCAACGGCUAACCCGCAAGCGGGAGGAGAAGAAUGCCGAAGAGGAAAAACAGCGCCGGCUAGAAACAGAGCACGCAAAGGCGGUGGCAGGCAGGCUGGCUCAUCGCGUGCUCUGCCGUGUCCGCCGGACGCGGGUCCUGGCGCUCGCGCUGUGGAGAUGGAGGUUGCAGGCGUCGAAGCUGAAACUGCAGCAGGACAUGGAGGAGAAGCAGGGACGCGAACACAAGCAGGCCAUAGCACUUCUGGAAGGUCUUCGAGAAGAAGUCGCUUCGCUGACGGCGACGGCCUACGAGGGACUGGUGGCGGUUUCAAUCGACGCCCUAGAGAGAGACUUGAACGACAGCGACGCGGCCGACCAUCAAGGAAUGACCGGCCAAAGCGUUAGCAACGCCACCACUCCAGAUGCGCUGGACAAGGAAGGCGUAGAUCGUGCCGCGACUGCGCUGAAAACGGACAUCGCCCGGUUAAGCCGACUACGAGCGGAGAGAAAUAAGUGCGUGGAAGAGCGCCUCGUCGAGAUCCACGCCAUCAAGGAUGCUGCAGCAGCUUGUGACGGGCCUCCAACACCCACCGUCGCCGCCGCUUCCACCGCACACAUCAAGCACGCAGCGGCCUCUAGGACCCCCGCCAAAACUCGAGCCGGCGGAGCAGGCACCGGAAACGACGGCGACCCCAACAACAGCCCCAGCGUUAAUGGUCCUGGCGAGCACGGUGGCACUGGCGCGGCGAACGCCGAGCAACGCGCCUCGUUCUCUGCCGCCGGCCAGCUGGGAAGAGGGGGAGGGACCAUUCACCGCUCCGAGCGAGAUUUUUCUGAACAUGCGUUUCGUGGGGGCAGCGGUGAUGACCGUCUCACGUUCCACGCGCCAUCUCCGUCGCCUUCGGCAACGACAAAGAGCGCCGGCAUCAAAGGUAGCGGAUCUCGAGGGCGCAGACAGGCGGCGGCGGCGGAUGCGCGGGCGGGCGACGUGUGGGAGAGCAUCCGCAACAAGGACGACGCGAUCCUCGAGAAUUUCCUUACUCGGCACACCCGGCACGCAUUCGAGCUGCUAGGGGGUAAGGCGAGGCUAGCUCAUGCUCGCGCAAGAGGGGUCUACGAGAAUGAAGAGGGGACGGGGGGGGCGCGGCUGUGCGACGCGGAUUCCGGGUGGGGUUCCAGCUUGCUGUGGGCCCUGUUUCGACAUUUUUCGGACUGUUCUCUCUCGUCUCCGACCAGCCUCCAGCGGUGGUCGAAACCCGUCACGGCGGGUUCAGUCUCGAGGGAAACGGCGACAGCGAAAACUUUUUCCGACGUUCGCGGAAGCCCCCGAGAGCCAUCAGCCUCCUCGAUCGACCCCCCGCGGGCGAGUGAAUCAGGUCGAAGUCGGCGAAAAACUCGAUGCCUCCCACCAGAAGGGCUGAACUUCAGCCAGUUUGAAACCGCCCUCGAAGGCGUUCUCGAGGUGUUGACAGUAGGUUCCGGAGAACCCUGCUUUGGUUGUGGCGGUGGUGGCAGGGAAGAUGAUAGCGAAAAGAAUAUCGUCGGUUACGGGGGUAUCGGUGAGGGUGGGGAGGGUGAUAUCGGCAGUGUGGUUGGUGGUGGAAACGCAAUCCGACAACGAACGGUGACAAUGGCGCAGAGGUUCGCGAUGGCCGGUGUUGUUCAACUGGCAAAGGAGCUGGCUACGAAAGAGUUACUCGCCAGAGAUUGCCAUGCGAGAGAGACUUUCGCUCUGCUAGAUCCUUCUCUCCAGUAUAUCUUGGACGUCAACGAACAGAUCCUCCACGAGAUCUUCGCGCACUACUGCCGUAGGUACGCACUGUCACCAAUCCUUCCCCGCGGCGACAAUGAUUCUGCCGUCCCCGGAAGAGCCGAGGGUGGAAGUGAUCUCGGCGGUGUAGGGCGAGGCGGCGGCGACGGGGGGAGAAGCGGGUCGGACAUAGUACCACGAAGGACUGCGCUCGGUCUACGUUUCGAAGGAGGAACGGCGUUCGCGAGAGAAUUCGGGCUCACGACGGUGGUGGGUGGGAGCAUCGGCGCCUUGCCUGCAUGCCUGCAUGCCUGCCAGCUGAGGCUGCAGUUGUUGCUCAAACCUACGUAG